CUUAGCCCGCUGAGUUUCUGCACCCCACGAGAAGAGGGGAAGGCCUGCAGCUCUGCUCAACUUUCAGUUUGCAUCUCACCUGGAGGAGGCCAGCAGCGCCUCGGCAAGCCCUGCUGCUGCUGUCCCCGAAUAUUAAACCCCCCCUUUGUUGGGGGGAGGCCGAUCUGCCCGAGCCGCAUGAUCAGCAUCAGCUGACGGUGCUGGGCACGGACCCGGGGCGGGAUAAGCAGUUAGCAGUGGGAGAUAAGCUGCUGGGCCUGCCUCUCGGCCAGCUCCCUCAUUCCUCGGGGGAAAAAUGGGUGCCUGGCCCUCGCCUCUGCUCUGGAGCUUGGCCACGGCGUGUCUGACAGGUAUUGCUUUAGGCCAGCUGACCACUACCCCAGCCCCGAUUGCAUCAACCCCACUGCCUCCCAGUGCCACCACGACCUCUGCCUCCACACCCCCAGCUGCUGGGGGGGUGGCCACCACCGCAGACCUCGGCACGGCCACAGCUGUGCCAUCGGCAGACCCCAGCACAAACACAUUUGCUCCAGCUCUGCCCACCACCCUGCCGGUGACUGCGACCAUCCCUGGGAUCACGACCACCUCUCACGCACCCACAGCCGCAUCCACCGGUGCCUCGGCCACCCCUCCAGAUGUCACCACGUCUCCUGGGGAUCCACCAACAGCUCCGUCCCUCACCACCGCUGUGCCCUCCAACUGCAGCAGAGUGAACGUGACAGCGUGUGCCCCUUGCUCCCCAGGGACGUUUCCCAAUGAUGAUGCCUGGAGUUGCUCGUGCUGCACAGGAGGCUCGUGCACGGACCCUGGUGCCUGCACUCCCUGCCCAGUGGGGCACUACCAGCCCGCGUGGGGACAGCAGCAGUGCCUGCCGUGUCCGCGGGGACACUACGCCAACACCACGAGGAGCACCGCGUGCUCGCCCUGCCCACCUGGCCAUUACGCGAACGAGUCCGGGGCCGCAGCCUGCAGAGCGUGCCAGAAAGGUUAUUUUAGCUCCCAGCAAAAUGCAGCUGUUUGUCUGCCUUGCCUGCCAGGAUCGUUUUGCAACACCUCCAGCUGCUCGAUGUGUCUGGCCUGUCCCGGUGGGCACGAGGCUCUGCGCGAGGCAGCCGAGGCGUGCGCGCCGUGCCGGGCAGGUAUGUUCAAAGGUCCCGGUGACACCGCGUGCAAGCCCUGCGAGCCAGGAGAAUACCAAUUGCAGCAGGGCCAGGAGAGCUGUGACCUGUGCCCAGAGAACCACUACUGCCCGAGCCCAGACGUGAAACCAACCAAGUGCCCCCCUGAUGCCUUCUGCCCCGCGGGCAGCACGGAGCCGCAGUACUGCAUGGAGGCCUUCCUCUACAAGGUGGGCAGCUCCUGCCAGCUGGCACCGCUGGCCAUCGUCCUCCUGGCCCUUCUCUCAGCAGGUGGAAUCUUUACCAUUUUUGUGAUAAUACUGAAAAGAAGGCACGAAUCUAGCAAGAACUCAUUGAAGUCCCUGCUGCUGCCCAGGAAAUCGGAGUGGCACGCAACGUACGGCGUGAUGGAGCACACAGAGCCCGUGUAUGCUGGCUGGUAGCAGAGGAAUUGCUAACGGCAGGCACGUGUCUGCAUAUGUGAAAAUGUUUAACAAUCACCAACCCAUUUCUACAUAACCAAAAUAAGUGCAGAAAAAUACAAUUCAAAACAAUUUUCAGCUGUGACUACUUGUGCUAAUCAAUUCAGCCAAGUGAUGUUUGAAAACAGGCUGAACAGCACAAGUCUCCCCCUUUAAUUCUGGGCUUCACUUACAGAUAAAGUCUCCUUUUCUUUAGAGAGAGAAAAGCCAAAUUCCUUCUUUCAGCAGUCAGCUCAACAACUUGGGCAAAGACUUGACUGCUCCAGUUAUCAAGGUCUCCACAGCACAAGUGUUUCCACCUAAGCAGGACCUAAGAUGAAUGUAUUCCUUUAAAGAACGUGCACAUGUAUUUACUUACUUACUAUUCUCAAUGCUUUACCAUUACUUUAAGCAAGGGUAAAAUAAGGAAAAGGAUCCCAAAGCUUUCCCCUUCCUCUCAGCUGUGGGAAAACACAUGCAACUGAGCUAAUGGCUGAUUCCUAGACAAAUACAUCCCUUGUGUUUCCUGCUGCAGUCUCUAACACAGUGCCUCAUCCUACAGAAGCAAAGACAAACUUUGGGCAAACCUGGCAGGAAUUUUCUUUCUUAGCCAAGCCACACAGGUAAGACAUGAAACUGCACGAAGUCCUUUGGGGUGCAGCUCCUGACACAAAACCUUCUCCUGUACAGCCAGCUCAGGUGACAAUUCCAGCUGGCUACAGAGAUGUGAUUUAUAUUUCACAGCAACAAUUUAAAACCUUGUCGGUGUCUGUGUGGCUGGCUACCUCUUUUUAAAACUGCUGUAUUUUCCCUAUUAUGUUCUUUCUCAUUACGUUUUGCGUUAUGCACCUUGUCCUCGUUGCCGUUUGAUCUCAGCAGCCCAGCAGGCAGGCAGAAACGCCCAUCAGCUGUAAUGGGGUCAUCAGUGGGGCCUCUCUUCUUCUAGAGUGAGAUUCAUUCACGGACCAGGUGCACUGCAAAACCCUGCACGGACCAGCCAGCUGUGACACGUGCACAAAGCCGUGCUUCAUUAGCUCUGAGAGCCCCCGUGAAAGCAGUACUUACUAUUAAAAGAGCUAGGCUUUGAAACGAGUGUGCGUGGAGGUGGCAGCAGGUGUUACUUCUCACUUCAGUCUUUUCCCUGGGCUUAGGCAGCAGCAGUCAGCUGAAGGAACGCAGCUGGCGGGGGGUUAAGUGGUUUCUGCCCUCCCCUACUCAUUCUCCUCACCCCAGGGGAGGUUACUGUGCUUUUUAAUAAAAAGGAAAAGAAAAAAAAA